UCUCCAGACACUGAGAAUAAACCCCUCUGAUUCAAUAAUGCCCAGCUUGGGUGCAGAGCCAGGCGUGUAACCCUCGACUGCCGGAGGGGCUGAUUCUCUGUACGAGACCAGACUCGCUCUGCCUACUCCCUGCUUGUCCGAAAAGCUCUGCAAAUACUAUCCCUGCAUGACUGGUCUGCAGAGUCGUGCAAGGAACACGCCAGCUGACUUGCAGAGCACGGACCUGAACAUCACAUAGCUCUGCAUCCAACACUCCCGGUCGACUGCAAGGCACUGCAUCAAAUACGACCAACCAACCUGCAACAAAGACCUCCUGAACAUCCACAAGCUCGUCUUCACUACAGACAAGAUGUUUCUGUUUAAACAAGGUGGAGGCGGCGGUGCUGGCAACAUGCUGCAAGGGGUUCUCGGUGGCCUUACGGGUUCAGGACAAGGAGGAGGAAAAAGCGGUGGUGCUGGCAACAUGCUACAGGGGGUCAUGAGCAGCCUUUCUGGCUCAGGAGGCGGUGGAGCUGGAGGCAUGAUACAAGGAGUCAUCGGAGGCCUGGCAGGAUCUGGUGGUGGUGGUGGUGGUGGUGGCGGAGCCGGAGGCAUGAUACAAGGAGUACUUGGAGGCUUGGCUGGACAAGGAGGUGCUGGCAAACUUAUACAAGGAGCUAUUAGUGGUCUGUCUGGUGGUGGAGGAGGCGGACAAGGUGGCGGCGGCGCAGGAAAGCUGUUUGCUGGUGCACCCGGUGCUGGAGGUGGACAAGCGGCAAACAUCAUUGGAGGUAUUGUCAAUGUCAUUGGUGGAUUAAUUGCAAAUUACCAACCUGCCCCUCCUCCCGCCCCUUGCGCCAACACAUAUCAACAAGAAGCGAACGAAAAUGAGGAGCAGCGCCAGUUCCGACGCCUUUUCAAACAGCUUGCAGGAGAAGACAUGGAGGUCUCCCCCGUGGAACUUCAAAAUGUUCUCAACAAAGUGGUGGCAAAGCACUCAAAUCUUAAGACUGACGGUUUCAACAUUGACACUUGCCGCAGUAUGGUUGCCGUCAUGGACAGCGAUGGUACAGGAAAGCUCGGCUUUGAAGAAUUCAAGUACCUCUGGAACAACAUCAAAAAAUGGCAGUGUAUCUAUAAGCAAUUUGAUGCAGACGAGUCGGGAUACAUCAAAGGAGAAGACAUGCCAGGGGCCCUCAAAGCUGCAGGUUUCGAGCUUAAUGAUCAACUCUACGUCAUGCUCGUUCGACGUUAUGCUGAUGACCAAGGCAACGUGAACUUUGACAGUUUUAUCAGUAGCCUAGUCCGGAUGGACUCCAUGUUCCGAGCGUUUAAGGCACUGGAUAGAGAUGGAGAUGGGGAGGUCCAAGUCAGACUACCAGAGUGGCUAAAAAUGACUAUUUAUUCCUAAAUAAGAAAGCAGAAUGGUUCACCACAUGCUUUAAGAGUAAAGAUGGGCCAACAAUGGCUCUCCCUCUGUAUGUUAAUAGCUGGACAGAAUGCUUCAAGGCUUGGAGGUCUUAGAAUUGGCCCACAUGGAUGGAAGUGGAUUUCAAAUCCAAGAGGUUCAACACCGAGUUGAGGUUCUAGGCUCAUGUUCUCUCUCUGUCUAAGAAAGUUGCCUUACUCAUAUUUCUCUAUAUUUUUGCUGUAUCUGUCUUCUAGCAGAUGUUUCCUGAUAUUCUGCAGAGCUAGCUCUAUCACUACCAUGCUAAUGUAUUUUGUGCAAUAAAGGGUUUUGGAGCCACUAUAGAA